UAUAAGCCUUCAAAAUCUGAAGAGAUAUGGCAGUGCACAAUUUUAGGUGAAUCCAAUCCUUUUUCUCCCUCUCUGUCUAGUUCCUUUCCUUGUUAUUUAUUUAUUUAUAUACAUAAUAUACAUAAUUCUUUUGUAUUGUUGUAUAUAUGGAUGAUGAUUAAUAAUCCUGAUUAAGCGGAACUUCCAGCUGCAAUUAUUCCGUUAUUUGUCUAUGUUUCAAUUUAUUGUCAGGAAAAUAAAAAAUAAAAAAAGACCUAUAUUUGCUUGGCAAUAAAAGAUAAUUAAAUUUCAAAAUGUGAGAUCCUAAAACAAAAAGAGAACCACUGGGAAAUUUGUUAUUCAUCCCCCAUUAUCACCACCUUGCCAGUGCUCUUGCAUCAGUACAGAAAAAAAAAAAACAUAGGAUACGUAUACAUAUAUACAAUUGUUUCUGGGUAUAUGUGCUGUAAUUUUGGGUUAUUAUAUGUUGUAAUCCUUGAUCAAGAUCUGGGUUUUUGAAAAUUUUAUCUUUUUGUGGCCUAUCAUUUUUGGAAUUCUUGAAAAUGGAUUUGUGUUUCAUUCUUUUACUAGGGAUUAGAGAUAGAUAUACAGAAUAGUAAUGUGAUGAAUCAUAUACUCAUUGUUGAUUUCAUUUGAUGUUGAAUGUUUGAAAUUCAUUCAUGGUGGCCCAAUCUUGGAUAAAAAUCUGAUUUUUGAGAGAAUCUGUUUCUUAUUUAUUGUUCUUUGGAUGUUAUAUAUCUCUGGGUAGCAUUUGAGGGAGGCUCUAUCUCUAGUUUAUUGAUUUGUCAAGAAGAUUGAUGUGUUCUUUUAAUGUGGAAAAGAGUUAGGAAGAUCGAGAAUCUGUUUGGGGGAAAUUUUGAGGUUUAGUAAAUAUGAAGUAUAAUGAACCUUUGUGUUGGUAUCACUGCUUUGAGAUCUUGAACAUGCAGAAAACGAUUUUGAAGAAUUUCGGGUUGUAGAAGUUGGUUAGGUGCAUUUGAUGCUCGUCUGUUAUUGACGAGAGGAAUUGUUUCAUAAGAGGAUGGGCUGCGUUUGUGCCAAGGCAUCAGCAACGAGAGAUGAUGCGAUUGACAAUGAGGGAGGGAGGCGGAGAGAGUCGAAUAGGUCUUCAGUACGGGCAGCCUCUCCCUCGGGUGGAGAGGGGGUUAGUGCAGUAGUUUGUACAUCGGAAGGGUGUGUGCUCCCGAAACGUAAGCCAGGAUCACAAAGCGGUUUGCAUCACCGGAAGGGGUCCACGAAGGAUUCUGGAGCUAAAGGAGUGCUGUCGUGUUCAACACCCGGAGUUGUGAGCAUGCCACACGCUGCAAAGGGCGAACAGUCUGCUGCGGGAUGGCCACAUUGGCUAAGUUCGGUUGCUGCAGAGGCGAUUCAGGGGUGGGUCCCUCGAAGCACGGAAUCGUAUUUGGAAGUAGAACAAAUUGGCCAAGGGACAUAUAGUACUGUCUUCAAGGCGAGAGACAUUACGAACGAUGAAAUUGUUGCCUUGAAGAAAGUAAAAUUCGUGAAUAUGGACCCGGAGAGUGUUCGGUUCAUGGCAAGGGAAAUAUGCAUUCUGCGUAGACUUGAUCAUCCGAACGUCCUAAAACUCAAGGGUAUGGCCAUAUCGAGGAUAUCUGGCCACUUAUCACUAGUUUUCGAUUACAUGAAGCACGACCUUAGUGGACUUUCAACAGCACAUGGAUCCAAGUUCACCGAGCCACAGAUCAAAUGUUAUAUGCAACAAUUGCUUUCGGGACUAGAACAUUGCCAUGGUCGUGGUGUACUUCACCGGGACAUCAAGGGCGCAAAUCUUCUAGUUGACAAUAACGGUAUUCUGAAGAUUGGAGACUUCGGUCUGGCCAAUUAUUUUCAGCCUGAUCAAAAGCAGCAGCCAUUAACUAGCCGAGUAGUAACUCUGUGGUAUAGGGCUCCAGAGCUUUUGCUCGGGGCGACAGCAUAUGGAGUGGCGAUUGAUAUGUGGAGCGUUGGUUGCAUCAUUGCAGAAUUGUUUGCGGGAAAGCCUAUCAUGCCUGGAACAACAGAGGUAGAGCAAAUGCAUAAAAUUUUCAAGCUUUGUGGUUCACCCGAGGAGGAAUACUGGCAAAACUCGAGAUUGCCUCAUGCCACUACUUUUAGACCGCAAAAACCAUACAGACGACGUGUCAUUGAAACUUUCAAGGACUUCCCUCGUUCUGCUUUGGCGCUCAUUGACAUCCUACUUUCAGUAGAACCAGAUAAGCGUGGUACAGCUGCUUCUGCACUCAAUAGUAAAUUCUUCACCAUGAAACCCCUGCCUAGUGAUCCAUCAGCUUUACCCAAAUAUUCUCCCAGCAAGGAAUUCGACGCAAGGAUCAAUCAAGAGGCACGAAGUAAAAAAUGUGGGAGCGUGAAAGGGGGUGAAUUUUUAAGGAAGACUUCACGAGGAUCAAAGAUAACGCCUAUGAAAUUAGCUACUCAAGGACGACAGAGGCAGCCAAAUAAAAGCAUCAGUGUCAGAUACGGGGAGGACGGUGGAGAAGGUUUCCCUAUCGAGCCACCACCAGGGAAAUAUAGGAACGGGUUCUCUCAUUCUACUUCGGUCAUUCAUCCCAAUGCGGCCUCUAAUUUCACCUGGAACCACAAAGCACAGGGGAGCUCGGGUCAGACCUCUCAAAUGGCUCCACACGUAUCAUUACUGUCACGAGAUGGAAGGAGAUCAACCCGGGAUUCUAAAGCAACGAGAAACAGAAUUCUUUACUCGGGCCCGUUGGUGCCCGGAGCAGGAAACAUGGAAGAAAUGCUCAAGGAACACGAGAGACAUAUUCAACAAGCAGUCCGGAAAGCUCGCUUAGACAAGGUCCAAAGGAAAUAGAACCGAUACAGUUACAUGCCCCACUGAAACGGUCACAGAAUGUACAUGUUCAACACCAGUAGACGAGAUUGAUUCAUCACGAGGGAAACAAACCAACCUUAUGCUAUUUGGUCUAGUUGAGGAGCAAAUAUAUUGAGUCUGGAUUAGUACUAACCGGGGAACUUGAGAAAACAGAUAGAUAGAAAGAAUAAACUGAGAGUAGUUAGUUGUUGGUGGUGUGAUAUAUGUGUGUUUGUGUACUAUAUGUAAAUCCAUUUCUUCUUCCAUUUUCUUCCUGUAAAAAAUCUGGAAAAUUUGUGUUUAUAAAGAUUCAAAUGAUCCUGUUCAUAGCCA